GCGUGGCCUCAGGGCGGGUGAGCGGCGCGCUCUCGCGCCGGGAGGGCAGUCACCAGCUCGGAGCACGCGAGGGCCGAGCGCGCGCCGGAGGCACGCGGGCGAAAAGUCCUCGGAGGCGCUGCGGGCGGUGCCGAGACACCCGUGCAGCUUCAGGAGCCGCAGCCCGCACCCGCUGCAGCGCCUGCGCCCCCCGCGGCCGGAGGGAGCCCCCCACCCUUGCCUGCUCCAGCGGUGCGCGCGAUGGCCCCGCGCAAGAAUGCCAAGGGCGGCGGCGGCAACAGCAGCAGCAGCAGCUCUGGUAGUCCGACCGGCUGCACCAGCGGCGGCAGCAGCAGCCCCGGGGCCCGGAGAGAGACAAAGCAGGGAGGACCCAAGAACGGGAGGAAAGGAGGACUUUCUGGAAGUUCAUUUUUUACAUGGUUUAUGGUCAUCGCGUUGCUCGGAGUUUGGACAUCAGUAGCUGUGGUCUGGUUUGAUCUUGUUGAUUAUGAAGAAGUGUUAGCCAAAGCAAAGGACUUCCGUUAUAACUUGUCAGAGGUGCUUCAAGGAAAACUUGGAAUCUAUGAUGCUGAUGGUGAUGGAGAUUUUGAUGUGGACGAUGCCAAAGUUUUAUUAGAAGGACCUGGUGGGUUAGCCAAGAGAAAAACCAAGGCUAAAGUUAAAGAACUCACUAAAGAAGAGCUCAAGAAGGAAAAAGACAAGCUGGAGUCAAGGAAAGAAAGUAAGCAUGAAGACAGAAAAAGGAAGAGAGAAAAAGAGGAUGACCGGAAGGAUAAGAAGAUUGCGGAUUCAGAUGCUUCCAAGAAAGAGUCUCCUAGGGGUAAAAAAGACAGAGAAAAGGAGAAAGUGGGGCUGGAGAAAGGUACUAAAGCCAAGGAAAACAGGAGGAAAUCAACGAAUAUCAAGGAUGCUCCUCGUAAAGUGGCACCCAGAGACAAAGAUGAUAGAAGGGAAGAGAGAAGCUCUGCCAAACACGCACACUUAGCCAAGGGAAAUAACCAGAAGAGAAAGAGCUAAAACUGGAGCAGCAGCAUCUCAGGAAAUGGUAAUAAUCUUCAUCGUGAUUUGCUGCUCAAGGGCAUAGAAAGCUUAGUAUUGCUCUGGUUGGGGAAGACGUGUCAUGUAGCCAUUGAAUAUAUUUAUUGGUGCUCAGCAAAUAAAUUCUUUGAAAUUGAGGUACCUGUCUCAUGCUCCCAUGUUUAAAAGAUGUUUUUUAAAAAUAUGUAAUAAAAAUGUGAUGUAAUAAGGUCUGUUUUUAUUAAUUUAUUGAUCAUAUAUCCAGAUAAAUGUAUAUAUAAUCUGAAUUGUAAUGAAUUUCUUAAAAUAGAAUAUCUUCAUUGGAGUGAAGUAAGAAUAUUAAACUUUCAGAUAGUAUUUAUAUGCAGAGUGAUUUGUAAGUUUUAGGAAUGAGAAAUAGGGAGUUAGGAAGUUACCUUCUUUUUCUGUUAGCUGGUUUUCUUCCCUCCUCCUCUUUCCUGCGUUCCCUUUCUUCUUCACCUACGCUUUUCUUUCUCCUUCCUCUUUUCCUUCCUGCACCCCCCCCCCCAAGCUCUUCUGAGGGCAUCUCCUCAGGAUGUCUCUGCAUGUCUCACUCCCAUGGCCUAACUGGCUCCCCAGUCUCUCUGGGGACUGCCGCUUCCUGAGGCUCUUCCCCAUUCAGCUCCACCUUCUACAUCUUUCAUUCCCUCCUCCUUGGUCUUUUACAGUCUGCUUUACCUCCCUUUCCCCCCUCCUUGCCGCCUCACUCCUCACCCCUCCUCAGUGUCUCUCCAACCAUCCCUCCCCCACCUUCUCCUCUCGCCCUGUAAUAAGCACUGUAUAUUCACUGUGUUCUGAGAAUUCUAGAACCAGUCUUGGAUAAAAGAGAAUUUUAUGUAGAACAAUUUUAGAACACUUGCUUAUGAUAUCUUUACAGGAGCAGAAUCAUUAUAGAAAGGUUUUAAUUAUUUCAAAUUGUAAUGUACUUUCAUUUUGUAUCACGAUUUUUCAGUUACAUUGUUGGAAUGGUGUAUAUUUUUCAUAUUUGAUUGUAUCAUAGUUGUUUACCAUUUCUAAGGAGUUGCCAAUCUGAGAUCUAAUUAGAGAUCAAAAUUGAAUUCAGAAAACAUUUAAUAAAAUGAAAUUUGAGUAAGAAGUACUUUUCGGCAAAUAGUCUGUGCUGUUCUGCAUGAAAUCUUAAGUCUUUAAUGGUGACUGCUGGCAAAAUUCAGUUUCUGAAUUUGAGGGGAGCACCCUGGUUUGUUGUAACAAAAUUGUAGGUGCUGCCACAAAAAUUUUAUUUUUUUUAAAAAAUAAUUCUUCAGCUUUUUCUAUGAAGAGCUUUUAAAAGCAGAGAUUUUGGCCCAGUUAAAGAUAUUUCAAGUCAGAUAUGGGGAAGCAUUAAGUGUAAAAUUUUCUAGAAGUAUUGUGCAUGUUUUAUAAUAUUGUGGUAGCUUUUCCUGCUUAAAGCCAAGCACAUGCAUUCAUUUAGUUGACAGGAAUUCCAACUGAUAUAAUAAAAUUACACAGCAUGGGGGCCUAGAGAAUAUCCGGUCUAAUAUCUGUACCCUGGUCCUAUGAUUUUAUUGUUUAAAAACUGAGGCCCAAAGAAAUUGUCACAUGUGUUAAUUUGGGGUUUUGUGUGCUAAUCAGUCUGGAUUAUGUUGUUUUUAUAGAACAAUUCUAGGAGCACCAUGUAAUUCUAGUAAACCAUGGGGAAUUUUAUGGCUCAUUUGAUUGGCAAAUGUGGGGCAUUGGCUUAAAGUGAAUAUUAAUAGAUCUCAAGUACACUCCUGUAAUCAGAGCUGAUUCUUCCUUGCUGUGUCCCCAAGUCUUGGUUCUAUUGAUCUACAUUUGGUUUUAUUCUCCGUGGAGGUUCUACCACUUGAUGAGAGUGGUAGCCUUCUGCGGGUUCUGGAAACAUCUUUCUAGUUUAGCCAUCCUUGUGCAAAGAUACAGUUUUCUGGGCUGGCUUCUGGAAAGAAGUCCUAGGAGUCCAACUGUCCUGGUUGGGUCUGGAAGCAUCUGUGGCCAAUCCUAAAGUUGGGGUUGGGUCCAUCUUCCCAGGCUGGCUCCUCUACAGAAAUCUUUGGGUGAGGGUUGGGGAGGUGCUGUCCCUCUCAAACCAUGUGACAUUUUCUGCAGAAAAGAGUUUCUGGGAAAAGAAGAGGGAGGCUCUGAUAACUGGACAGAGUGAAAAGCAGAACUAUAUUCACCAACCGUAUGAAAUUAUAACCGUUAAAAACCAUAUCCUGACGUUUGAUCUUGCCAAGGUAAAUGGAUUGAAUUUUUAAAUUUAUAUACCAAAUUUUCGUGUUAAUUUCUGUACAGAUGACUUUUUUUCCCCUCCCUUGCAGAGAAGGACAGAGAAUUAUAAUUACCUUUAGUGAAGGCAUUCUGGUAAUUUUUACCUUGGUUUUUGAAGGACGAUUAAUCCUACAGGGCAUAAUGUACAUAAAUGCUAAACUUUAAGAAAUUGGUGAUAAAACUUUAGAAAAACUAAUCAGUGUAAGCAUAUAAACAUCUGGUUUUUUGCUUUUUUGUUGUUGUUCUGUUGUUUUUAGUCACUUAGUCAUAUCUGACUCUUUGGGACCCCACGGACUGUAGCCCCCCAGGCUCCUCUCUUCAUGAGGUUUCCCAAGCAAGAAUACUGGAGUGUUGCUAUUUAGCAAAGCACUUGAAAAUAUUUUAGUUCUAUCAUUGAAUUUUCCUUUAAAUCACAGCUCAAGAAUUGAAUUGAAUUCAAACUUCUCUACUAAACAUCAGAAACAUUUCAAGAGCUCUUAUGAACUGGGAAUUGGCCUAUAUUCUUUCCUUCCAUUUUCCUCAGUAAAUAAAGCUGUCAACUGAAUUUUAUUGAAGUUGACGUGACACUUGACCCAGAUGCAUUGACACUUACUGUUCACCUGAAAAGCUUAGUGCAAGAGAUGCUUUUGGUCGUGACUAAUGGGUUAAAAUUAUGCUUGCUUCCUUAGUUUUGCUUGCUUUUUUACUUCGUACUUAAUUAUUUCUAUAUUCUGCUGCUUCAUACUGUUUAGAGUAACUAAAACCAAAAGGUCACCCUUCGGAAACGUCAACUAAAAAUAGGGACAAAGUUUCAUAAUUUGCAGUAGUUGGGAGUUAGAAUAAGUCCUGAAAAGAGAAAAUUAAGUACUAAGAGUAUAAAGUAUAUAUAUCUUAUAUCACUAACAUGCUUCUUAAGUUGCACUAAGAGAUGAUGCAUAGAAUUCUUAAAAAGUGAUAUUGUUGGCAUAAUUUUCCUUAAACUUUGUGUAACAGCACUUUACAUGUGAGAAGUAGUCAUCGUAUAGAUGGUCAGAUUUUCAAAAAUAUUUGAGAGCCUAUCAGUUUUUCUAGGAAUCUCAUAUCUUUUAGCGUUCAAAAUACUUUCUUUGGAAGCACUUUAUCAUCGUUGAUUUUUUUUCCCUUCAGCUGUGAUAUGUAACUUCUGUGAAUCAUUGGUUAAUAGCUCUAUGUGUUAUUUCUAACAUCACUUGUAAUCAACCAUUUAAAAUCUUAUUUUUUAAACAAAAUUUUUGGUUUCACUUUAUGGAUUUGCAUUGUAUACAGAUGGUCCUGCAACAUUUCAAAAUGAGGGAGAAAGUUAGUAAAGAAAUUGACAUAUAUCCAUCAGCAUGAAAGUUUGAGUGAAUCCCAGGGAAUUAAUUCUGCAAACAGUUGGCUUAUAGAGUAUUUUGUAGUGUUAUGGCCAUACAACUUUGUAACUUCAGAGGUUCUCAUAAUGGUUAGUUAGGUGACAAGGACUUCCUGUAUAUACUUCUAUUAUAAAACAAAGAAAGGUAAUAAACAAGUAUGAUUUUAAAUGUUAAUGUUCUAAGUUAACGGUAAAUGUCAUUUUCCAUGAAAUGAGUCUGGUGAUUUAAACUAUGUCCUCUGACUUUAAUUCCUUUCUCAUGUACCCCCCACUGUUUUCUUCUGUUAAUGUCCAUUGAUAACAGUUCUCCAAAUCGAUUACUCAGUAAAUUCACUAUAAAAUGCAUCUUGGAAAUGCUGGUUUUCCUCUCCUUUCCCUCAAGGUGGUUGUGGGAAUAACUGGCAUUCUCUGUGUGUGAGUGGCUAGUAUGUUGUCAGCACUCAUGUUUCCCUUUCUUUUGGCAGAAUAGUGGUAAUAAUUCUACUAAGUUGUUUCAGUGAGUCGUUAAAAACUUGGAAGCACUGGACCUAUGAUUCCCUCUCCCUCUUUUAUCAACAGAUGGUAGGAUAGGUGCUUAAGUCCUUUAUCCUUUGCAACUACUGUAUUUUUGUGAAAGGGGUGUACUGGGUCCUACUUUACUGAGAUCUUUGAAGCGGGCAUAUAAAAGUAAUUCUUUUAUAUUGUUACGUAUGUAUAAAGCCACAAGAAUGCCUAGUUAAAAGAUACUGCUUAAACAGAAGAUGUGAAAUGUCAAGCCUAGAAAAAAGUAAUGAAGAAAUAAAAUGUAGUCUUAAGUAUAUGGUAUAAUUGAGAAAUUUCCUACCUAGUCUAAUCUUGAGAAGCUUGCUUAUAAGUUUGCUUUGUACUUAGAACACAUUUUUCCAUGGAAGCAAUUUUAUGGCCUGCAGAGGUUUUGUACGCCAGUCCACAAAAACCUAUUCAAUUCCUCGUUUCCAGUUUCGCAGGUCUCAGUGUGACUGUGUUUCUAUGGAAAAGGCAUUUGUCAUUCUUCCUCAGAAUAUUAGGAACACAUUUGGUUUUACUUCUAAGUAUUUUCCAGAAUUCUUUUGAUUACAUGUGGGGAUCUGUUCAAAUUGGCUUAUGUGGACAAAAAAGCAUUGAUGCACUCACUUAACUGUAAAGUCCAAGGGUAUUUGUAGGUUUUGGCCUUUGGUUAUGCGAGGUCUGGGGGCUUGGAGAGUGGUCUGGGUCUCUCUCUCCAUCUUUGCACUCUCUCAGGAGGUGGUCUUCCUUCUCAGGUAACCUGCAGUCCUCUGUGGCUCAUUUUUACUCCUUAUCCAUACAGAGUGGGGGAUGGGAUCGCAAAGCUAUGACUACAAGACCAUGGGCCUGUGAGUACCACCCUUGAAACUGUGGGGUGAUGGGAAGAUCAGUCCCUCAAUGCCAAUUAGUGUGCUUUUACCAGAAGAAUUAGAACUCGGCACAGGGCAGGCCACACAGUGACUAUUUGAACCCUGCACUUCAUCUGAACCAAAGGCAGGUGGUUUAUGGAACUCUUCCCUCCUCUCUCCUCCUCACUCUGUGCCUCCUGCUGCUGCUGCCCAAAAAGGAAGGGUUGAAUGGGAUGAGCCUGAACGGGUAUCUCAGAGCCAGAGUGAUGGGAAUAGAGAGAACUCAUCCCAGUUGUUGGUGAGCAGUACCCUUAGGUGAUUAGACGAAUGUAAGAGAAUGUUGUUGAUUGAUAAAUACAGGUGAGUUGGGUUUAUUUUAUUGUGAAGCUCUUUACAUUUUACCCUGGUUCUAUCUAAAGAGAAAGUUUUUGUUCUUAGGGUGAGUAUUAUGUAGCAGACCAAGAAAGCUUAUUCUCAUGGAAAUCUGGUUUGGAGUACUUGGGAAAAAUCCUUAGUAAAAAUCUUCCAUGUCAUACCCUGCCUCCUCCACUUGCUUGAGUGUAAAAACACAUAAACUAGAUGUUUAUUACCAAUUUUGGUUGUCAUUUUUAUGUAGAAAUCAAUUCCUGCAAAAACUUCCAUUUUGUAAGGCCUGCAGAGCAGAAAAUCAUCUAUUUUUCUUUGUUAUCAUUUGAUUUCACUUUGUAUAUGUGUUUAUUACUCUUUUUUUUUGUUUUGUUUAUUACUCUUUAUUACCAUCUAUACAUCAUAGAAGUCUGUCUGUCACUUCUUACUUGCCUCAGUCAUUACUUUUGUAUCCUAAGAGGUUAGCAAAAGGUAUAUACUUAAAGUUUCUGUGUUGCUUUUGAUAAUGAAUUAAAAACCCACAUGCUGUGUCAUCUCUCUUCCCCAUGUAUUGAUUCACUGGAGAAAUAUUCAGUCUCUGCAAUGUCCUGGGAGCUAUUCUAGGCCCUGGUGAGAAUAGUCCCCGUCAUGAAACGCUCUGACAUAAACGGGACGGGGAGAAGAAUAAACUGCACUGCCGCUUGUAGUGCCCGCCUCCGCUCUGCCUCCAGUGUGUGCCCACUCUUAAAUCCACUUGCAGGAUCCAGCUGAGUCAUGUCUGUACUCAGCUUUCUCUGAUCCUCCCAGGCGGUUGGACUGUGUACCUUUCAGUUAUAAUGCUCAUCAUUUUGCUUCAUUCCUGAACUUUGUUAUUAGACUGUGGUUUAAGUCCCGUGCCUAAAUAAAGUUACGUAUCAUAGUAACUGACAGUAACAGGCAUGCAGUGUAUGUUUAUUGAAAGGAGAAUCCGGGUCUCCUGCAUUGCAGGCAGACUCUUUACCAUCUGAGCCACGGGGGCAGCCCAUUGAAAGGUAAACACACAAUAUAGAUAAUUAAAAUGUAUUUUAGGUCUGUAUACACUGUUAGUAAUAUUAGAAGCUGAAAAAAAUUAUUUAAAGAAAAACCCAGAAGCUUCUUCAAUAAUUGUUUUUGACCACCUUGUAAAUUGCUUUUAGCCUUGUUCAUGUUGUUGUGUGUAUGUGUAGGGAGUAGGGUGGGGGGUUAAGUUGUUUCUUUAGAAGAAAUAAAGGAAAACAGUAACUGAUGGGAAAAAGUGUAUAUUUGCUGGAUUUAAAUUAUUUCAUUUAAUUCUUAAAGGCCUUGUAAGGAAGCCUUUAUCUGGUUUCUGUAUUUGUGGAGACCAAAAUUGUAGCAGUGGUUAUGUGUUCAAGAUGGGAUUCAAAUGGAAUUCAGAUGGAAUUCUUGGUUCAUAUUCCUGAGCUCCUACACAUGACCUCAUGUUGUGAGAUGUUAAACUGAGUCCACUCCAUUCCAGUCUUUGUGGAGUCCUUUCAUUGGUCCUGAAACCAGGCUCUUAGGGAUCUUUGAGGCAGUGUUUAAUUCUUCUGACCUGUCAUCCCCUUCCUGGAGUCUCUGUCCAUCCUGGGUUGUGUGAAGAUGAUUUGAAUCUGGAAUGGCUCUUACUGUAAGUCAAGGGAAGCUCUUAGAGUUCGCAGCAGUAGGACCGCUUUUGGCGUGCCUGCCAAGAUUGUAUCUGUUGAGUAUACAAGCCAGGAACAACAGGAUUGGCAUGGCAGUUAGUAGGAGUGCCUUUCUGGUGUAUCGAUUUCCCAGAAUGUUUCUCAGAUUUCGUGUACUGUUAGAGUUGUUCUUGGGCUGUGUUGAUUUACGCUGUGAGACCGCUUGCAUCUGAAGCAGUAGCAGUCCUGAGUACUUCCCGCAUGAACCACAGCAGCCGGAGUAACCUGGAUGGGUAAGAUCAGUUUUUUAUUAUUCUGUACACCACUGAGUUAGUGAAGAUUGAUGUAAAAGAUUGUGGAACUGAAUUUUUAAAAUAUCUUCGCUUUUAUGUGCUAAGUGUGUGAAAUCCUAUGAAGCAUCGUAUUAUGUAUAAUCCUUAUUUUCCCAGAUUUUGGUGAGGAAGCAGUUUGUAUGUAAUUCUUGUAAAAAGUCAGUUGUUCACUCUUAGAGUAAGAGGCGGGUUUCUAGGACCUUUCUGAUGCUCAGGCCUAUGCUAUUCGCCUGUGUUGGCCACCUGGUCCUUCCUCACUCCCAGCACCUUCCCUGCUGAAGAAUUUUGUACUUACUGGUCCAAAGCUUUACCUGGAGUCUCUUGUCUAGUAUAACUCAUAAGGCCAUAUCCCUGAUGUCCUCCUAUAAUCUGUUUCAGUCUUAUCAGUAAGUCCUUUCCUCAUCAGUUUUUUGUGAAUAGUCCCACCCCCUUUCCCUAAGGGUCUGUCACUUUCCCCAUCUCAUAUACUCUAAAGAGUUCAUGUUUCUUAUCUUUUUACUGUUCCCUUCCUAUGGGUGAUAGGGGUUUUGUGUGUUGGUUUUCUAUAGAACAGUACCUUGAGUUAAACUUGUCUUGUUUAGUCCCUAAAUUGUGUCUGACUCUUUUUGUGACGCCAUGAACUGUAGACCGCCAGGCUCCUCUGUGCAUUUGAUUUUUCCAGACAAGAAUACUGGGGUAGGUUGCCAUUUCCAUCUCCAGGAGAUCUUCCUAACCCAGGGAUUGAACCUGUGUCUCCUGCAUUGGCAGGUGGAUUCUUUACCACUGAACCACCAGGGAAGCCCACCUUGAGUUAGUAGGUGCUGAAUAUUUGUUGUAUGAAUGAAUGCAAUAUGCAAUUUAGUAACUUUUUAAACAUUACAUAUUUCUGGGGAGAAAAUCCAUUUGUUCUUUCCCAUGGUGGUCUGGUGUAGUUGGGUAGUACUGAAUAAAUUAAGCUGAUAUUGGACUAGAGUAAUUGUGUCAGGUAAUUAAACUUGCUGUGAACAGUUGAUUUAAAGUACUCAUUUCAUUUACUUUUUAUAACUUCUUCCAUUUUGAAUUAAAAUUGGAGGCAAAAUUACACACUUAUUAAAUUUAAACUUUUUAAAAAUUAAUUUAUUUAUUUUAAUUGGAGGCUAAUUACUUUACAGUAUUGUGGUGGUUUUUGCCAUACAUUGACAUGAAUCAGCCGUGGGUGUACAUGUGUCCCCCCCAUCCUGAAUCCCCCCUCCCACUUCCCUCCUCACCCCAUCCCUCUGGGCUGCUCCAGAGCACCAGCUUUAGGUGCCCUACACAUGCAUCGAACUUGCCCUGGUCAUUUAGUUUAUAUAUGGUAAUAUACAUGUUUCAAUGCUAUUCUCUCAUAUUGCCCCACCCUCGCCUUCAUUUUUUUUUUUUUCCUAAUUUAUCUCAUGCACUCAAAGACCUAAACACAAGGUAUGUUUUUAAGAGAAUUCGAUGAUCUUCCAAAUCAUACAGGAGCUAUUGUGGUUGGCUCGCAACCGUCAUUCAACCCUAGAUAAUCACCAUCAGGCAAUUGUGGUCACUCUGCUGCUCUUGCCAGUGGAAGAAUAGAAGUGGGUUCUGGUUUUGACUAUUAAAAUGGGAAGAAUGGUAAGAACUUGCAGGGAAAAUUUCUUCAAGCCUAAGAAAGAAGCAGAAGAAGAGGUGGUUCUUUGCUUCUGGACAAAGUCUUGUCUCAAAGAGGACCUUGCCGCCUGGGAGACCUGGUUACCGCCCUGAGGAGGAAGCCAGUGCUGAGAGCCAGCCAACCUGCUGUUAAAUAAUAAAUUUCCUUUUUGUUCAAGCCAGUGUGAGUUGGUGUCUUGUUAUUUGCAGCCCCAGCAACGUCAAAACCAAUACAUUCAUUUCAUAACCUGACUGACUAUUUAUUUCAGUGCUACAUCCUUGCCAUGUGUACCUCACAAUAAAUCCAGUUUGAAAAGCUUUCCUUUGUCUUACACGUUUAUUUUUCUUGUUUAGUUUUUGAUUUCUUUUUGGCUGAACUCUUGUACAAGACAUGGGUUUACCACUGUUUUCUGGGGAACACUUAUUCAUGGAUUCAUGGGCUAAAAUGGACUUAGGGAAGAAAAAUUCGAAACGCCAGAGUAAAAGCUUUCAUAUGGGUUAUCAAAUCAGUAAGAAUUAUUCUAGAAUGCGUUUUCAUUAAAUAUUAGAACCUUUGUAAGAGUCUAGGGAAGGAAAGAUGUUAAUAAGAACUUCAGCUUCUUUGAAGUUUACAAAAUAGUUUAUUUUUGUGCCGAUUUCACCUCUGGAAAAUCACCGUGACCAGGUAUCAGUAAAUUUACAAUUCAGCUGCCACUUUGGACAGAAAAGAAAACGGCUCAAUAUUUUCUCUCGUUAUGGGAUUUUGCUUCCUCAUGUUAUUUUUCAUGUUUUACAAUUUCAACUUUAGAGAUAACUCCCAGCUGAUUUAGAGAAAACUGAUUAUUAGAGGCAAUGUGGGUCUGGAUAUUGAUGUGUAGUAGUAGUUUUCAGGCACUUUUGGCCUCACAUUUUUUUUUCAAAUGAAAUUUUUCUCUAAAUCCAAUACAAAUGGGAUUUUCAGGCAGCUUAAAUCUUUCUUGUUUGAUGGGGACAUAUUUUAUUGCUUAUUGAACCCAUGGAGCACAGUUUGAAAGCCUGCUACAGACAGGCUUAGUAGAAUGACCUUGUAAUUUUUCAUCUAUCCUGAGAUACCUUUGAGAGUGAAAUAAUUAUACCAGGACAAUAGACAUAAACUGGGACUGUGGGCAAAUUAGGCUUGUGGUACUGAAACGGUGGAUGAUGCUAGAACUGAGAUGGGCAUCUCUUUUGUAAAUAGUAGCAGGGAAAUUGAUGAGUCCCCGUUCCUUCCUCUGCAGCCCUAAGCCACUCUGCUACAGCUAGAGCUGUGGCCCUGUAGAGUCUGCAGUCAUUUAAAAAGCAGAGCAGACAUUCACUGGGUACACCUUGCCCUUGAGCACUGCUAUGUACCAGGUGUUUUCUGCAGUGCUCAGAGUGCAAAGAUGAAUCUCCUGUUUGGAAGAUGAAAAGUUUACCCUAUUAACUCAGCAAAGCUUGGCUGAGUUUGGCAUGAAGAGGUCCAUACCUAUCCCAGUAACAGUUGAGAGCUCUUAAGCAUAGGUUAUUUAAGUGGAAAAGUGCAUGAGGGAGUUUUCAGUCUUGAAUUUGGAUCUUGAAAUGUAAUGUGUUUUAAUAGGCUUUCAUUUCUUACUCCCACCCCCUGAAAGUGAACUAUAAUUAGGAUCUGUACCUAUUUGUGUAUACCCUCUCUGGAAUCUAUAGUUAGGAGCAGAACAGGAUGGUAUUCCUUGGUGUUUGUUUUCUAAUGUUAGAUUUUUGCGUAAGUAGCGUCAGAAAUGAGUCCCUAGAGGAAAUAUCAGUGAUGAGGUGGGGCCCUGUGAACUGUUUCAGUGUCUUUUUUUGGGAUUUGGGAGAGGGGGUAGGAGUAUGUUUUUGUUAAUGAGAGAAAAAUAAAGAGCUAUAGAAGAGGGAAUAGUUGGGGAAAACACAAAGAACCAGAGCAGAAGGGUAAGUGAGGAUUUCCCAGAUUAUAGCAGUAUACCUACAUUGAGUUAAAGGUGCUUAAGAUUAGAAAAGGCCUUUCUGUUCUGUCCUGAGCUUUUCACUCCAGCUGUUGACAUGCAGACACAUGCCCUUUAAUAUCUCCUUCUGGUACAAGACUCUCAGUGGGGUAACAGAGAGCCCAGGGGUUGAUAAAUGGAAUUGUCAGGCUCAUGACAGUCUAACUUAGUUUUCUAAAUUUUUGUAUUUAAUUUAGGAUGCAUUUUGAUGUGCUAUGUACAAAAUCUCAAAGAAUUAGCAAUAUAAGAUUUUAGAGCAGCAUUGACUUAAAUCAUCUUUCAUGUUAAUUUAUCCUGAUGUCCUAUUUUCCUUAUGACUAAAAAAGAAAAGUGAAAGAAUUUUUUUCCAUAUUUUUAAUGGAUUUUUUUAUGGAAUUGCAUGUGUUAACUUUAGAAGGUUGUACAUAGUGAGUUAUAUGUUUUUUCUUCUCAUAUUUAACUAUAGUUUUCAAGAAGAGUAAUUAAUUAUAUAUAAAUCAAAGAAAGGCAUGCAGGCAAUAAGAGUAGAAAGUUCCAGUACAUCUUAGUUGUCUUAUUGCUGAAUUUGGAGUUCAAAACUUAGAAAUUCAUUAGUCACCCACAAACACGAGAGGAGAUUGAACUCAUACUGAACUUCUUUUGGCAAGUUCGGGCAUGACUUGUUAUUUUAUUUUACUUAUUUUUUUUGACUUGAUCUUUUAGAGAUUUGUGAAUAUUCAAACAAUGAUUUAUGAUUUUUUAAGUGAAAGGUUAAUUUAGGUAAAGAGAUGUAAAGGCCCAGGUGAAUUCAAAGAACGAACUCUUUUCCAACUUUAUUUUUUUAUAAGCAUAUCAAUAUUCUCAUGUAACAGAAACUGGAAAGCUUUGAAUAACUGGCAGUAUUGAUGAAGUGUUGGGAAAUAUUAUUUUACUUGGUUUAAUGUGUCAAAAAAUUUUU